AUGAAGAACAUAAAACCUCAGCAAUCCUCCCCUUCCUCGGGCAGCCACACCCCCUGCCAGGCCUCCCACAGCCACCACACACCCCUGCCGCAGCCCUCCCCCACCUCUGCCAAGGCCGUGGUGUCCUCCGUGCCCGUGCCCUCCCCCAGCCAGGCACAGAUUGGCUACAUGGGGCAGCACAACUCCCCACAAGUGCCUAACAGCUCCCCACAAGUGCCUAACAGCUCCCCACAGGUGCUUAACUUCUCCCCACAAGUCCCUAACAGCUCUCCACAGGUGCCUAACAGCUCUCCACAGGUGCCUAACAGCUCCCCACAAGUGCCUAACAGCUCUCCACAGGUGCCUAACAGCUCCCCACAAGUGCCUAACAGCUCUCCACAGGUGCCUAACAGCUCCCCACAAGUGCCUAACAGCUCCUCACAUGUGCCUAACAGCUCCCCACAAGUGCCUAACAUCUCCCACAAGUGCCUAACAGCUCCCCACAUGUGCUUAACUUCUCCACACAUGUCCCUAACAGCUCUCCACAGGUGCCUAACAGCUCCACAGGUGCCUAACAGCUCCCCACAAGUGCCUAACAGCUCUCCACAGGUGCCUAACAGCUCCCCACAGGUGCUUAACUUCUCCCCACAAGUCCCUAACAGCUCUCCACAGGUGCCUAACAGCUCUCCACAGGUGCCUAACAGCUCCCCACAAGUCCCUAACAGCUCUCCACAGGUGCCUAACAGCUCCCCACAAGUGCCUAACAGCUCCCCACAAGUCCCUAACAGCUCUCCACAGGUGCCUAACAGCUCCCCACAAGUGCCUAACAGCUCCCCACAAGUGCCUAACAGCUCCCCACAGGUGCCUAACAGCUCCCCACAAGUGCCUAACAGCUCACCACAGGUGCCUAACAGCUCCCCACAAGUGCCUAACAGCUCCCCACAGGUGCCUAACAGCUCCCCACAAGUGCCUAACAGCUCCCCACAAGUGCCUAACAGCUCCCCACAAGUGCUUAACUUCUCCCCACAAGUGCCUAACAGCUCCCCACAAGUGCCUAACAGCUCCCCACAAGUGCCUAACAGCUCCCCACAAGUGCCUAACAGCUCCCCACAAGUGCCUAACAGCUCCCCACAAGUGCCUAACAGCUCCCCACAAGUGCCUAACAGCUCUCCACAGGUGCCUAACAGCUCCCCACAGGUGCCUAACAGCUCCCCACAAGUGCCUAACAGCUCCCCACAGGUGCCUAACAGCUCCCCACAGGUGCCUAACAGCUCCCCACAGGUGCCUAACAGCUCCCCACAAGUGCCUAACAGCUCUCCACAGGUGCCUAACAGCUCCCCACAAGUGCCUAACAGCUCCCCACAAGUGCCUAACAGCUCUCCACAGGUGCCUAACAGCUCCCCACAGGUGCCUAACAGCUCCCCACAAGUGCCUAACAGCUCUACACAGGUGCCUAACAGCUCUCCACAGGUGCCUAACAGCUCCCCACAAGUGCCUAACAGCUCCCCACAAGUGCCUAACAGCUCCCCACAAGUGCCUAACAGCUCCCCACAAGUGCCUAACAUCUCCCCACAAGUGCCUAACAUCUCCCCACAAGUGCCUAACAUCUCCCCACAAGUGCCUAACAGCUCCCCACAAGUGCCUAACAUCUCCCCACAAGUGCCUAACAGCUCCCCACAAGUGCCUAACAGCUCCCCACAAGUGCCUAACAGCUCCCCACAAGUGCCUAACAUCUCCCACAACUCCCCACAAGUGCCUAACAGCUCCCCACAAGUGCCUAACAGCUCCCCACAAGUGCCUAACAUCUCCCCACAAGUGCCUAACAGCUCCCCACAAGUGCCUAACAGCUCCCCACAAGUGCCUAACAGCUCCCCACAGGUGCUUAACUUCUCCCCACAAGUGCCUAACAGCUCCCCACAAGUGCCUAACAUCUCCCCACAAGUGCCUAACAUCUCCCCACAAGUGCCUAACAGCUCCCCACAGGUGCUUAACUUCUCCCCACAAGUGCCUAGCAGCUCCCCACAGGUGCUUAACUUCUCCCCAGAAGCUCCUCAGCUCAGGCAGACCUCCCCAAGACCUUGA